AUGUGUGCCAUCAAGCCAAUUUUGCUGUAUUCCGUCUCCAGAGGCCCUGUUCCGUGGAGAGUCGCGAUCCUGCUUGAGGAAUUAAAUAUUCCUUAUGCAAGCAAAUAUCUUGAAAGCGAUGAACUGAACUCGGAAGCCUUCAAGUCUAUUAACCCGAACGCCAAGACCCCCGCCAUCGAGGAUCCUAAUACCGGAAUAAAGCUCUUCGAGGCUGGAGCUAUCAUUCUGUAUCUUCUUGACACUUACGAUACCUCUGGCUCUAUUCACUCCCUUUCGGGUCCGCAGAGGUACCUGGAAUUGGCGUGGAUGCAAUUUCAGGCGACUGAACAGCAUAUGUACUAUAGUCAACAGGCCUGGUUCUUGUACAAACACCCAGAGCAUGUCAAGUCUGCCCUUGAACGAUACGAAUGGACGAUCAAACGAACGAUUGGAAUGCUCGAGGAGCAUUUGAAGAAGACUGGCAAAACCUAUCUUACCGGCGAUGAGAUCACGUUCGCUGACCUUUGCUUUGUGGUUACCAACGAGUUGAUUCCCCAGUUACUCCCAGGAUAUGAUCCAUCUAAAGACUUUCCCCAUUACUCCAAAUGGAACUCUGCUCUGGUCAACAGGCCGUCGUACCAAAAGAUAGCUGCCGAUAGAGCAGCCCUUGGUCAGCCACUGGGUCAAGUUGAUCAGAAGCAUAUAGAUGACCACAUUUGGAGAAACGACCCUGAUCACAAAUGGUGA